GUGGCCUAACCAGGAGAGACCUGUGCCCUGAAGCAUACUCGCGCCCUGAGCUACUGCACCCUAAAGCAGGAGGGUGCUGUGCCUCAAGGCGUCCCUUGCCUGGUCUGGCCGCACCACAUCGCAAUGGAUAACGUUGUGCCGCUGGAAGCAGAGCUGAAGCACCAGCGGCUGUUCAAUACCACGCUGAAUGAUUCUUUUGCCAACCAGUUCAUUCAGCCCCCGUGGCAGGUGGCUCUGUGGGCUGUUGCCUACACCCUCAUCGUGGUGGUGUCAGUGGUGGGGAACGUGGUGGUGAUGUGGAUCAUCCUGGCUCACAAGAGGAUGCGCACUGUCACCAACUACUUCUUGGUGAACCUGGCUUUUGCUGAAGCCUCCAUGUCUGCCUUCAACACAGUGGUGAAUUUCACCUACGCCAUCCACAAUGAGUGGUACUACGGUCUGCUAUACUGCAAGUUUCACAACUUCUUCCCCAUUGCUGCUGUAUUUGCCAGCAUCUACUCCAUGACAGCCAUUGCCCUGGACAGGUACAUGGCUAUCAUCCACCCACUGCAACCCCGGCUCUCAGCCACUGCCACCAAGGUGGUCAUUGGUGUCAUCUGGCUCCUGGCAUUUCUGCUGGCCUUCCCCCAGGGUUACUACUCAGUGAUGGAGGAGCUGCCAGGCCGGCUGGUGUGUCUGGUGGCAUGGCCAGAGCACAGCACCGAUGUGUAUGGAAAAACGUAUCACUUCUGCAUGACCGUCCUGAUCUACUUUUUGCCGCUCCUGGUGAUAGGGUGCGCCUACACUGUGGUCAGCAUCACCCUCUGGGCAAGCGAGAUACCUGGUGACUCCUCAGACCGCUACCAUGAGCAGGUCUCGGCUAAGCGGAAGGUGGUGAAGAUGAUGAUUAUUGUGGUGUGCACAUUCGCACUCUGCUGGCUACCCUACCACAUCUACUUCACCCUGCAGUAUUUCAACCGCGAGUGGUACCUGCAGAAGUUCAUUCAGCAGGUCUACCUGGCUAUCAUGUGGCUGGCCAUGAGCUCCACCAUGUACAACCCCAUCAUCUACUGCUGCCUCAAUGACAGGUUUCGUGUAGGCUUCAAGCAUGCAUUUCGAUGGUGCCCAUUUGUCAGCGCUGGUGAGUACGAGGGCCUGGAAAUGAAGUCAGCCAGGUACCUGCAGACACAGAGCAGCAUGUACAAGGUCAGCCGGAUAGAGACCACCGUAUCCUUAGCGGUUGGUGCAGCUGAGGAGGAGCUGGAGGAGAGCAACAAGGCCAAACGUCUCUCUGUAGACAUGACCUCCAAUGGCUCCUCCCGCAGUGACUCCAAAACUGUGUCCGAAAGCUUCAGCUUCUACUCCAACACACUCACCUAAUCAGCUCCCAGGCUCCAUCAGGCACCCAUGAGAGUCCUGCCAUACACUUUCCCUCACUGGGA